AUGGCCGCCAACUACUGGGAGUCGACGCAACGGCGCUUCUGGCAGUUCUCGAAAGACGAGCUUGCCCAGAUGCGCGAGAAGCUUGAGGAUAGCGAGCAAAACUUGGUCCAGAUGUACCCCUUGCCCCAGCGGAGGCACUUGAACAUCUACAUCAACCAACAGAUCAACCGCCUGGGCAAGAGACUCGGAGUGAGACAGCAGGCAGUUGCCACUGCUCAACUCUACAUCAAGCGUUUCUAUUGCAAGGUCGAGAUACGCCGAACGAAUCCAUACCUGGUCAUCACCACUGCUCUCUACCUAGCUUGCAAGAUGGAAGAAACCCCGCAGCAUAUCAGACUCCUCGUUACGGAGUCACGCUCUCUAUGGCCAGAUUUCCUGGCUGUCGACGUGUCGCGGCUCGGCGAAUGCGAGUUCUUCCUCAUCUCCGAGAUGAACUCGCACCUGAUCAUCCAUCAACCCUAUCGAACCUUGACGAACCUCCAGUCCGACUUUUACCUUUCCCAAGACGAGAUAAACCUGGCCCUGUCGGUGAUCAACGAUCAUUAUAUGACCGACCUUCCCCUACUAUACCCACCGCAUCUCAUUGCUCUCACAGCUAUCCUGCUCUCUCUCGUGCUCCGCCCGAAUCCCGCGCCUGGUGGCACAGCGGCGAACAUGGCCGCAGCGACGGCAGCUCUCGCACAAGCCCAAGCCAGAACUGGUGCCGGUGGAAGCGUUCAUGGUACACCUGGUGCCCCUGAGAAGGACAGGCACCAAGAAGCCCGAGUGGGAAAGGUGCAGAGAUUCGCGGCUUUCCUUGCUGAGAGUAAUGUUGAUAUGGAGGGCAUGAUCGACUGUACACAGGAGUUGAUUUCGUUUUACGAAUGCCACGAGCAGUAUAACGACAAGAUGACCCGGGAGCAGAUCAAUCGCUUCGUGAAGGCGAGAGGUUUAGAUAAGGCUUGA